AAAAAAAAGAAACGAAAAGAUUUUAAUGAAAAUUAUGUUUUUGAGCGAAUUAAAUUAGUCUUAAUGUCGCUGUCGGUCGGAGAAUAAUAACGUUAUACGUGGAAAAAAAAGUGAAAUUAAUUUUUUUUGUCUUUUUGAACAAAAUUUCCAUUUUUUUUUUUGUGUUGAAUUUCGGCAUUUUGUUUACUGUAUUGGACUGAGAUUUUUAAAAUUUGUUGCAGGGAAAAAAAAAAAUUUUCACGUUUUUCUUUUUUCCCAUUUAAAAUCAUAUUUUUUCCCCACCUCACGUUACUAUAAAAUAUUGGUUAGUUCUUGUUUGUUAAAAUAAAAAAAAAAUUUUGCGACAACAGAAAAAAAAAUAUAAAACAUGCAUCAAAAAAUUUUAAUAUUUUAUUAUGAAAAAUGCUAAAAAUGAAAACAAAUUUAAGAGAAAACGUGUAGCAGGCAGCCAAAUUUUUAAGUAUAAUUGAUUUUUUUUUCAUUGGACAACGCUAUAUCGGUCACAGUUAAAGCAAAAACAAAAUAAACAAUAAUCAAAAGUUAUAUAAAAAAAAAAUUAUAGCGAUAAUAAAAAGAAAAUUUAUUAGUGAUAAAAAAGAAAAUAAGCGAAAAAAAUCGAGUUCAAUGCCGAAAAAUCUACCUAAAAUGACUGAAUUAAAGUGGAAUUUUGAAAAAGGGCAACAAAAAUUAUUAACUUAUCCAGCGCCUCCGGAUUCAUUAAGAAGAAAAUUAGAAGAUAUUUUUCGUUUAAUGUUAAUUGUAUGGGCACGAGAAGGUCAAGCACUUAAAAGUGUAACUGGCAAAGAAAAUGAAAUUGAUAAAACAGUUAUAGUAAAAUCAGAUUCAGGAGAAUUUGGAUUUAGAAUACAUGGUUCAAAACCGGUUGUUGUUGCAGCUAUUGAACCAGAUACACCAGCUGAAAGUUCUGGUUUAGAAGUUGGUGAUAUCAUAAUAUCAGUAAAUGGUAUACCAGUUUUAGAUAAACAUCAUACUGAAGUUGUUAAAAUAGCUCAUGCUGGUUGUGAAACAUUAGAAUUAGAAGUUGCAAGAACAAUUGGUGUAUUAAUGAAUGAACAACAAGAAUCAGCUAGUCCGGCUGUAUAUACAGGUUAUUUAUGGAGACAAAGUGGACAGGCGAAAGGUUCACCAAAUGCAAAGAAAUGGGUUCGAAGAUGGUUUAGUUUAAGACCAGAUCAUUGUCUUUAUUAUUAUAAAACUGAUGCUGAUUCACAACCUGUAGGGGCGGUUAUGUUAACAAACCAUACUGUUGAACAUGUUGAUAAUGCUGGUAAACAAUUUUCAUUUAAAAUUGAUUCUGGGGAAGGUAUACCGAUGUAUUUAGCUGCUGAUAAUGAAGAAGCCGCAAAUAGAUGGGUAGCUAUAAUGAGUCAUGCAGCAACACAAGCUGAUCCAUGGUUAGAAUUAAGUACUAGAAAUAUGAGAUUACCACCAACCGGAAUACCGAGACCAGAUUGUUUUGGUUAUUUAAUGAAAUUGGGUAGUAAAUGGUGUGGAUGGUCAAAACGUUAUUGUGUUCUAAAAGAUGCUUGCAUAUAUUUCUAUCAGGAUGUUAAUAGUAAAAAUGCUUUUGGAAUGGCAUGCCUUCAAGGAUAUAAAGUAGUUGCAAUGUCAUUGAAUGCUGCUGGUAGAAAAAAUGCAUUUGAAGUUGUCCCACCGGAAUCCAAACUAAGGCAUUAUUAUUUUAGUACAGAAACAGAAAUGGAUAAGAAAAGAUGGAUAUCAGCUUUAGAAUAUUCAAUUGACCGUUGGAUUAAAGCUGGCUAACUAAAACCAAAAACUACACCGAAACCAAUUAGAAAAAUUAAUUUAAGAAAAAUUCGGGAUUUUAAAGCGAAAUCAACAUGAAUUUUGUGGGAAGAUAAAAUUUUAACAAAACAAAAAAAAAAACCAAAAAAAAAGGAAAAUCCCUACAUUUGAAGAUAAAGUAAUUUGAAGUGUAAAAUACAACAACAAAUUAUCCUAUUACAUAAUAUUAAAUAGAUUUAAAAGAAUAAAUUACAUAACAUGAUUUUUAGGGAAUAAAAUUGACCAAAAACCAAAUUUUCAAUGUUAAUAUAAAAACCAUACUCACACAUACUGGGAAAGUCAGUCAAAUAUUUAGUUAUUUCGACCGAAAUUCCAGUCAUGUUCGAAAUUUGAACAAAAAUUUCUAUUCGGUAAAAACAAAACUGAACGUUAUGAAAAAGUUCUAAAUCAAAAUUUUUCUUCAUUUCAAAAAAAUUUAUGAAAUACGAAAAUAUUUGUUUUUUCAAAAUAUCGUCAAAUUUUUUGAAAAAUGUUUCCAAUAUUAAAAUAAACUGUUAUUUUAAAUUUUAUAAUGAACAUUUGAAGUAUAAUCAUUUGUUUUCAUUUAAUUGAAAAUGCUAGCAAAAUUAAAAUUUUAUUUUGCUAUAACAGUUAAUUAAUUUAGUUCAGUUUUACAUAAAGUUACAAUAAUUUCGAUUAGUAAAUAAAGUAAAAUUAAAAAUUCCGUAACACUCAAUUAAACAAUAUUAUUAUUUUUGCUUUCAAACUAUAAAAUCUUUAUAAUUAAUUGUUUCCAAAAAAAUUUAUUUCAAAAUUUUCAAUAUAUUUUAUAAUAAUCCCGAUAAUUUUAUUCAGCGAAACUACCAAAAUGUACAAAAAAUACUUUAAUGAUUUAGUUCAGUUACAAGCCAUCUACAGAAAAUAUUUGAAACUAAUAAAUAGCAAAUUGUUGUAAAAUUUUGAAAUGAAACAAAAAUCCGGGACACAAACCUUUUACCCAUCAUGAAUAACUAAAGAAAAAUAUUUUUUGGUGAAUAUUAUGAAAAAAUUCUUUCUAACUUAUUAACUUAAACGACGAUAGUGAAAAAUAAAAUUAUUUUUUUUUUUUUUUUUAAUUUAAUAAAAAAAUUAUCACGAUUUAUAAUAUUAUACAAUUGCCACUUUACGAAUACGAAAAAAAUUAAUUUAAAGAAUAUUUAAUGAAUAUUAUUUCGCACAUUGUGAAAAAAAAUCUUUCUUUGAACUUAUGCUUCCAAUUUUAACUUUUUUUUUUGUUACAAAAUUAACUGCUUUAAAAUUCA